UCGUUCAACUACAUAUGGCAGAGGGAAUUUCUUCAGUCGGAGUCACCGGCAAAUGCAAUCGAUUCACGGCUUGAUAGGAUGGAAAAGUUCUCAACCUGGAGGGACCCAUCAACUGGAUUGGCGCCAUUUGUCUACCCACUUCCACCGCUUUCGACGAUCCAGCUGCCAAGGAUCGCUUGGAUCCCAUUGGUCCCAUUGGCGCUCUUCAGAACAGCCUUGAUCGUCGUCUUGGGCCUGUUGUUUGUGAUUUUCGAGGGAUCCGGUUUGGUUUUUUCACUUUUUUCGGUCAAGCUUCAUUCGAUCUUGCAAUAUUAUUGCACCGCCAUUUUCAGUCGGAUAACACUCUAUCUUCUAGGUUUCACCCAACUGCCCUCAGAUCGCCCCUUCACCCAUCGGACAUCAUCUCAGAAGCUCAUUUCAACCACAGUCCGGCCUGGCGAUUUGGUCGUAUGCAACUGGUCUAGCUAUGUAGACAUCCUCUAUCUUGCAUAUCUAUACAAUCCAAUUUUUAUCAUUCCUGUCUUGAAACAUGGGGCUCCUUCUCAAGGAUCAGAAGUUCUGGUUCGUGGAUUCGAAAGCAAAGGUGUUUUAGGGAUGAUUUUUCGCACUGGUCAUCCACCUAGCCACAAUCCUGCAACAAAGAUCAAGAGCUUGGCGCAAUUCCUACAGGAAUCUAAACGUCUCAGACGACCCUUAAUCAUUUUCCCAGAGGGAACUACGUCUAAUAAUCGUGCUUUACUAAGAUGCCCAAAGUUGAACGAAAUAAGUGUGGGUAAAUAUGAUGGAAAGGUUAAGGUGUUUUGCUUGGCAAUUAAACAUGAAACGCCCACCCCAUUCAAGAAUUCGAUAACAGUACCGAUUCCCACCUCACGAUGAACCUGAUGCACAUGGUACAAGCAAAUCUAGUCCCAAUUCUGGUGCCGUUUCUCUUCUCGCCGCGAUCGAUCCUGGUCCGGUUCCCCAGGAAGGACUUCAUCGAGCUGGAUUCUUCGACUCAACUGGUCAACUCUUUCGAGCUCGCUUUCGACCUUAUCAGCCAGGCUGCUAAACUUAAACUGACCUCUCAAAUUUCGUGCGCUGAUAAAACUGGGUUUCUCAACUACUUGAAAUCUAGAAAGUCUUGAUCUUUUCCUCACUCUUUUUAUUGCCAAGUCUUUUCAAUCAGUUGAAAGAACAGUUCGGAUGUUUCCUCCCUAUCGGGCGAGAAAUUGGAAUAGAUUGA